CAGUUGCUCAACAAACUCAAUGCAGCAGGCACAAAACCUUUUUUUAUUUGUGAAGAACUAAGCUAAACUAAACCUUGACUUAGACUAAAAAUUUAUUUUGACAUUUGACUGUCAAUUUAAAGCUGUGAAAUUACGAUAGAAGGCUUUUUCCCUCCUCUCUCCAACAAUCACUUUUGCGAUUGUGACAGACUAAUAUUUUAUCAGGAUAAGGAUUUUGUAAUUUGGGAGUGAACUGUGAAGUUUGUAUAUAUAUAUUGUUUGAGAAGAGUCCUAUUUCAAGGCUUCAAGACAGCAACUGUUUAGAUUUAAAUACUAAUCAAAGAAGUUUCCAGCAGCAUUACAGCAUUUUUCAUCUGAAUAACCUAUUUUACUGUAACAUUUGCAGAAGGACAUGGCCAAGCCUACGGUCAGGAUGUCGUCCCACCGACCGAUGGAACUGUGGGUGGGAUUCGUGAACCACGUGCCCUUGGUGGGCACUUCUGCCAACAUGGUGGACGGCUUCAUUGCUCUGCUCCAGGGAGACCGAAGGGCGGCGGAGGCCAAGGGCUAUAAGGGCUUUCUAGAUUCAGCUGGAAUCCAUCAACUGAAGCCAGGGUCCAUCCUUCAGAACCACAAAAGCCAGACAGUAAUCGGGUGCAGCGCCAAAGUAUCCAAAGACAUAAACGACUACAUUAUACAGGCGAUUAAACCAGGGGCGAGCGCCACCGUCACAGCAGCUAAGGCAGCCAAGUCAGGUGCCGAUUUACGCAAAAACCUUUCCGCAUCUUUCGAGGUACUCAGGGGUAAACUGAGAGAACGUGGUAUAGACCUGGCCAGAGAUGUGAUCCAGGCUGGAAGGGCUAGCCGGGGAGAACAUGUUUUCAACAACGCCCUGCUGGGGCUAUAUGGAUCCAUAAUCGAUGCGUUCAUUCAAAGUCACGUCACAGGCGAUGACAGAGUGACACUGGUUGGCCGUAUUCCGAACAGCCGGGUUAGUGACGCCUUUCAAGGGCAUGCCCCAAACGGUGAUCACAUCAACCUGACCGCUGAUCAGAGACGAAACAUUAGCACCUGGGUGGUACACAUUCCUGACAAUGUGGUAUAUGUGCCAAUCAACAAUAUCCUGUUUGCAUACAUGACAGAAACCAUCAGGGUCAAUGCUGUUGACUACAUGCAUUUGUUUCGUCUGCAGCAAAAUAAUGAAAACGUGUUGCAUAUUCUUGGUGGCACGGUAGAUUGGAUAAAUAUGCAUCGCGUUUAUCUGGACCCACAGGCUGCGGAAAUAUGGUUUACUGAAAACCCAAAUCUCAUUCCUCAGUUUCACACAACUGAAGAUGGAGUGCAGCUAAUGUUGAGGCACCUGGAUCCCCAGAGGUCAACCCUGUUACGUGACUUUGUGAAUGACCUGAGACAGGCAGGUGCAACUUUUUAUUAAUGGAUGUUAGGAGUCCGCCAUCAAUUGCAGAUGCAAGUGGACCAGUUCAGAACAGAAGCCUCCUUUCUGCCUUAGUGUUAGAAUUUUGAAAUGCUUCAUGUCAGAACAGCUAAUUAUGUUGUUACAAAAUGAGUUUCUUUCAUAAGUGAUUUUUAUCAUCAAUAUAAAUAAAAGUUGUUUAUUUCAAA